AUGGAGUUUGUGACAGCCUUGGCAGACUUCCAGGCAGGGGCUAGCUGUCCCAUCUGUUCAGACUACUUGAAAGACCCAGUGACCAUUAACUGUGGGCAUAACUUCUGUCUCUCCUGCAUCAAGAUGUCCUGGAAGGAUCUAACUGAUACUUUUCCCUGCCCUUUUUGCCGAUUUUGCUGUCUAGAAAAGAAAUUUGCAAGCAAUCCCCAGCUGGGCAAUUUGACUGAAAUUGCUAAGCUACUCCAGGUAAGAAGAAGCAAGAGGAAGAGACCAGAAGAGAAGUUUUUAUGUAAAAAGCACAAUCAGGUUCUGACCUUUUUCUGUCAGAAGGACUUAGAGGUUUUAUGUCCACAGUGCAGUUUCUCCGAUGAUCACCGGAAUCAUUAUGUUUGGCCCAUAGAGAAGGCUGCCCCCUAUCAUCGGGAAAGAUUGGGGUAUUGCCUUGAACCAUGGAAAGAGAGAGUGGAACAAGUUGAAAAGGUGAUAACUAUGCAAACCAGAAAAUCACUGGAACUAAAGAAGAAAGUAGAAUAUAGGAGAGAAGAAAUAAGGUCUGAAUUUGAGCAGCUUAUGUUGUUUCUCCAAAAUGAGCAAGACACUGUUCUUCAGCAGUUACAAGAUGAAGAAAUGGAUAUUUUAACAAAACUAAAUGAAAACCUAACAAAGUUUUCAGAUCAUGUUUCCACAUUAAAAUAUCUAUUAAAGGAGAUAGAGAACAAAUAUGUAAAGUCAAAAUUGGAAUUCCUGACAGAUGUUAAAAGUAUCUACCAUAGAUAUAAAACCUUAAAGGCCCCCGAACCUUAUUCAUUCCAGUUGAAAGAAUAUGGUUACCAUCUUCCUCCACAAUAUUCUGGCCUAAACAAAAUUAUCAAACGUUUUCAAGUUGAUGUAUUUCUAGAUCCUGAAACAGCCCAUCGUAAACUUAUUAUUUCAGAUGAUAGAAAAACUGUACAAUAUGGAAAUAGAAUGCAAAACUUACCUCAUAACCCAAGAAGAUUUUACCUCUGCCCCGCUGUUCUGGGCUCCGAGGGAUAUAAUUCUGGCAGACAGUAUUGGGAGGUAGAAGUGAAAGACAAGCCUGAAUGGGUCUUGGGUGUCUGUAAAGAUUCUAUUCCCAGAAGAAGAAAGAGUCAGAAUCCAUCGAUUUUAUUACAGGAUGGAUUGUGGUGUAUCAAGCGAGGUGGUCCAAUUAACUACGCUGCACUAGGUCCUAAAAAAGUUAAUCUUCUGCCAAAAGUAAUACCUAGUAAGAUUGGCAUUUUCUUAGACUAUGAAUUGGGUGAGGUUUCCUUUUACAAUUUGAGUGAUAGAUCUCUUCUUUAUAUUUUUAGUGACUAUUUUACAGGAGCACUUUGGCCCUAUUUCCAUACUGGAACUGACUCAAAACCUCUUAAAAUCUGUACAGUAACAGAUUCUGAAUAA